AUGGCACCAAAGGUUCUUUUUGUCUUGAGCUCGCACAAGGAGCUGGGAAACACUGGCAAGACCACUGGAUGGUACCUGCCCGAGUUUGCUCACCCAUACUACAAGCUUGAGGGCAAGACAGACAUCACAGUCGCUUCGCCCAAGGGUGGCGAGGCUCCAUUGGACCCCAGCUCGGUUGAGGCUUUCAAAGAGGAUGCCGAGUCGACCAAAUUCCUGAAGGAGAAGGGGUCAUUAUGGAAGAACACCGAGAAGCUUUCGAGCUUCAUCGGUAAGGCUGACCAGUUCGACGCCAUCUUCUAUGUCGGUGGACACGGUCCCAUGUACGAUCUCGCCACCGAUGCCGAGUCGCAACAACUCAUCAAAGAGUUUUACGAGAGCGGAAAGGUCGUCUCUGCAGUCUGCCAUGGCCCUGCAGCACUGGUCAACGUCAAGCUCUCCGACGGCACCCACUUGGUCAGCGGCCAAGAAGUCACCGCCUUCACCGACGCCGAGGAGGACCAGGUUGGCCUCUCGAGCGCCGUUCCAUUCAUGCUCGAGACACAACUCGCAGCUAACGGUGCGAAGAUUGUUAAGGCGGAUGCCUGGCAGGCGAAGGUCGUUGCUAGCGGCAAAAACGGAAAGCUGAUCACUGGACAAAACCCAGCCAGCGCUGGUCCCAUUGGCGAGGCGAUUUUGGCUGCACUUUAA